ACACUGGUCCGCGAGUGCCUGGUGAAGCCGGUCAGGUAUCUUCCGGCUGUCUUUUUGGGCACUUUGCUCAAUAUUCUAGACGGUUUGAGCUACGGCAUGAUUAUUUUUCCAAUUGGAGAGACCAUGUUCAGCCAGAUGGGCGCGCACGGGCUGUCCAUGUUCUAUGUCUCGACGAUUAUCUCGCAGCUGGUGUACUCUUUGGGAGGCUCUGCGUUCAAGUCCGGGAUCGGCUCAGAAAUGAUCGAGGUGACGCCAUUUUUCCACCAGAUGGGUAUUAGCAUCAUGACCAGCUUAGGCGACGAGCAGGAUGCCGUUCUGGCCACCACGAUAGUCACGUACGCGCUCUCAGCGAUGGUGACGGGACUGGUGUUCUUUGUGCUUGGAAAAUGCCGUCUUGGCCGUCUUGUUGGUUUUUUCCCUCGCCAUAUCCUGGUUGGCUGCAUAGGGGGUGUUGGCUAUUUUUUGGUGGUCACCGCGAUCGAGGUCUCAUCCCGUCUGGAAGGCGGCCUUGAAUACAACCUGCCCACGCUGCGCUACCUGCUGCAACCGCUGUCGUUCUGCCAGUGGUUUGUUCCGCUGGCUCUGGCCGCCGUGCUGGUGGUCAUCCAGCACUACAACUCCAGUGCACUGAUAGUGCCGCUGUACUUCAUUGUCGUGUUUGUCGUCUUUCACGUGAUCGUGUACUUCGUGCCCUCAUGGGACCUGCAGGACGCCAGGGACUACGGAUGGGUGUUUUCUGCGCCGCAGACCAAUACCCCCUGGUACUCUUUCUACAGCUUGUACAAAUUUGACCGUGUCAGCUGGUGGGCCGUGCUGCACCAGGUCCCAACGAUGCUGGCGCUCACGUUCUUUGGCAUUUUGCACGUGCCAAUCAACGUGCCUGCGCUUGCGGUCACCGUGGAGAUGGACGACUUUGACGUGGACCGCGAGCUCAUGGCGCAUGGACUGUCGAACGCGCUCUCGGGGCUUUGUGGUAGCAUCCAGAAUUAUCUGGUGUACACCAACUCGGUGCUUUUCAUUCGGGCCGGCGCAGACUCGCGUCUCAGCGGCGUGAUGCUCGCCCUGGCCACCACCGGCGUGAUGUGGGCGGGCCCGGUCAUAAUAGGGUACAUCCCCGUGGCUGUUGUGGGAGCACUGAUUUACCUACUUGGUUACGAGCUGCUCAAGGAGGCGCUCUACGACACAAAGGGCAAGCUCCGCAAGUUCGAGUACUUCACCAUCGUGAUGAUCGUGCUCACCAUGGGCGCAUGGGACUUUGUGUACGGAAUCCUAGUGGGCGUUCUGCUGGCGUGCCUGUCGUUUGUUGUCGAGGCGGCGCGAAAACCCGUUGUUUCUGGCAUCUACACGGGCGAGUACGCGCGGUCGAUAGUUGUGCGCCACCCUAAACAGCAGGAGUUCCUCAAGGACGUGGGGAAGCAGAUUUACGUGAUGAAACUUCAGGGGUCUCUAUUUUUCGGCUCGAUUGGCGGGCUCGAGGAAAAAGUGCGUGCGCGGUUCGAGCAUCGCACGUUUGCCAGAGAGCCAAUCAAGUACCUCAUUCUCGACAUGAACAACGUGCAGAGCAUCGACUUUUCUGCCGUCGAGGGUUUCCGUCGGAUCCGCAACCUCGUCAUCGAGAAAGACUCGUAUAUGAUCAUCUCCUCUGUGACCGACAAGUCUGCGAUUGUCGAGGCUCUCAAGGAUUCUGGUCUCUGGGAGACCAGUGAGCACCACGAGCGCAUCCAGCUGUUCAACAAUCUGAACACGGCGCUCGAAUGGUGCGAGAACAUUUUUUUGGAAGCAUACAAGGAGCUGUCCAGAAGACCGCGGAAACUGACCGCUCCCACGCCCCAGCUGGUGGAAACCAUCAUGUCCGGGUCGCCGCGGAACGCCCACGUGAUGCGCGCGGCGCGCAAGACUUUGGACUUCGAUUCGCAAAGACGUCGGCUCUCCAUCUCGACAAACUCCAAGAACCCGCUGGCUCUUGUCUCUACAGCCAUGCAGGGCAUUAGCGAGGCACGCGACGACCAGUUCUGGAGCCGGCUGGUUCCGUACCUGACGCGCCAGGAACUCGCAGCUAACCAGGUUGUCUACGAAAAGCACCUCAACCAGCCGUGUCUCUAUUUUGUCGAAUCGGGCAUGAUCGGCUACGACAUCUCCUUCAACAACCUCAAGUUCUGUCUCAACAGCUGGGUACUGCCGCUCACCAUUUUUGGAGAUCUCGUUAAAACACAGAGCGACCGCGUGGUGCGCUACUACUCCAAUACAGAGAGCGUUGUUUGGAAGCUCGACGGGCCAAGCAUCAACAAGCUUAGACGCCAGGACCACGACCUGUACGAGGAGCUUCUCGCAGUGAGUCUGCGGCUCUUCACCAGCAAACUGGACGCUAUUUCUUCUAAUAUUCUCGUGAGCUCAUAG